CUUGCUAUUGCCACUUUUUGUGGCUCGAGGUCUGCCAUUGGUACAAGAGAAGGAUCCACCCCAAAGUCGUUUUCAAGUGAGGACCACCGUACUAAGAGAUUCUCAGUAAUCUGCUUCUGGUACCAGUAUAUCUCCUCUUCACAGGAUGUUACGUUUCGCAGCGCUGCAUGUUCGUCGGAUUUGGAGCAGAUCACCAGUUCAAUAUAGGGCUUACUGUGCUACAUCUGGAAGCAAUAUUGGUCCUGUCAGCCAAGCCCUGAAAGAAGCUUUGGAGACGUGCAAUUUCAUAAAUGCAUCAGCUGAUCAGGCUUACCUGGAGACUGACCCUUCGGCCCGGGUGACAAAGGAUGAGUACGUCAUGCAGUACCAAAAAUUUGCCAGGGACGACUUGGAGCGUGCGCUGCAGAAGUAUGAUGCCCUUCACAGCACAAUGGGUGAGGAUGAGAUGAAGCAGCUGAAGAAGGCAGAUGUGCAGUUUGCAGUGACCGUGGCUGACUCGCUCCUGGCGAGAGACAAGCUUACUAAAGCACUCAGAAGCGGCCAGGAAAAGCUAAGGGAGAAGCAUAUCUCUGGGCUCAAUCGCGAAGAUCUUGUAUUUUGUGGAGAUUGAGGGUGUGGAGGCUGAUAAGCAGCAAAAUAUAUAACAAAUAUCAAUUCAAUGGGAGCAGCAGGAGUCUGCACACAAGUGCUGGCACAGAGCGGGUCACCCAUUACUGUUAUCAGGCGCAUUUCUAUGCGCUGAAAAGUAGACCAUUGGUGUAGUAAUAUUAGUUGCUUUGCAUUGUCAAAGAUGCAGUAUCCUGCAGGUCGUUAAAAUAAGGUUGUCAGUGGCAAUAGUUGGUGCACUGCAGUGCGUGUACAUGUUGUAUUCGUCUGGAUCCUAUCUUCUGUAGCUCUUUGCUUUUCAUCUUUAUACAUCUGCCAUCCAGUGCAGAUUCUAUGCAGUCUACCACUUGACACUGAUUAGUAGGAGAUGUAGACAAUCUCUUGAAGUUGACAGGCCCAGGCCCACUUGCAAUAGUUGUCCCUACUGGAAUACUGAGCUGGUGCAUGUACAUUAGAACAGACAAACAAACAAUGGAAGGUGCACUAUAUCUGUAACAUUAC